AUGAAAACAGGAAUCCCGCAGAAUAUGCAAAAGUUGACAUACGACGGUAUAGUUCUGGAAGACUUCCGUCAGCUCAAGGAGUACGGGAUAUCGCAGGAUGUCUUUUUUGUCCUUGGCCUUCCAUUGAAUAUUCCAGAGCUUACUGCAUUGAAUAUAAAGAAACCCGACGGAGGCUGGUGUAGGUAUUGGAUUUGUGAAGACGAAACAGCGAUGAGCCUAAAAGAACGGAUGGCCUUUUUUGGGGAUGGAUGGCCCGUGGAAAGUUAUGAGUUGCUUUUCAAUGGUGAAAUCUUACGAGAAAGUCAAACUCUGAAAUCAUGGGAAAUCGUGAAUGAUUCUGUCCUCCAGAUGACGCCCUUUGUUGACGAAAAGUUGAAAAUAUAG